AAAGGAGAGGAGGUUGAGGGGAGAGGAGGAUGGACGAGUUUAUGUCGACUCUGAGCAUGAAGACCAAGGGAAUGAGCUUGUCGCUCGUGGGGUUGGCGGCUGCUCUCUCAGUCUUGUUGGUCUGUACCGCUAGACCUUCGCUCCUUGUCUCGAAGCAAACUAGAGCGUUACGAGCCAAGCAAGCUGAGAUCCGACUCGCCGACAUGUACUCCAUGCACUGCGACUGCGAGGACCAAGAGAAAGAUGGGAAUGAGGACGGAUGCCCGUGUGCUGCGGCAGCCGCCAAGAACAUCAAGAUCGCUCUCGACAACGCCGUAGACCGACAGUUUGCCCCGCCCAACAUGUACUACAGGACGAGGAACGGGUAUGCCUACAGGCUGCGGGGGUUUCUGCCUCCUCGCCUUCACCUUCACGCCCAUCGCGAGAUUGCGCCCAUGAGAGUAAAACUAGGCAAGAAGACCCAACAACGAGCACGGAAGCCCCUCCCAGACGUCCCGACCCUCAGGGUUCCAACAAAGUUUGUGAGCGACGUGAACCCUCGAGUCUUCUACCAGGCGCAUCUCUCAAAUGCUCCGGGGAUGGCUGAGAGGAAGGCAAAGCUUCAGUCGCUUGAUGAGCUGGGGUACAAGUAUGACGUCGUGCCACUGGCGGAUGAAACUUGGGAUGGAAAGUCAGACAAGAUAGAAGAACAGGGAGGGGAGCAGCAAGGGGAGGAGGGCGAAGUCAACGCUGCUAAGUCAGGAGGGGAGGUUGAUGACAUUGUAGACUCACCUUGGUUCGCCGAUUGGAUGGAUUACGCGGACCUCAUCUUAUCCGAUGGAGUUCUGGAUGAAGCCAAGCAUGUCAGCGCGAUUCCCCAAGAGCCUCAGCAGGCGUUGGUGCUGCCUUACCAGGAGGGGGAAGAGACAGACGCGGCCGAUUGGCAAUACGCAUACGAUGAUGAUGCAGUUGUUCCCGUCCGAACUGUUGUGGGAGAAAGCAACUUUCCUGCUCUCGACGCCAACGUGAACUCACCAGAUGGAGUUCUCCUCGGGUACAAGGACCAGCCGGGUGUAGGUGAGGCCAUGGCAGACUUCCUGUCGGAUCCUGUGGGAGAGCAUGGCGAGUCUUCGGCAAGCUCUACGUCGGUGAACGGCUGGCUGACCGACAAUUCAGCUUAUUAGAACGAGCCAUGGAAGAAGAGGCGAGGGGAUAGAAAUCAUACCAGACAGCUCAGUUCAACCUAGGCAUUUCAUCUUAAAAGAAAUAAAAUUAAAAAAACGAGUUGACGCCUUGACUAUGGACGAGUCUCACGUUUUGAGAGUUUGCUUUCCCGUGACCUUCUUCUCCACAUGCUAAGCUCCAGUGAGGCUGUCCAACCCCUAUGGCCGGUCCCCCUGCUCAAUCUGUCGCAUUGUCUUGCCACUUUACGGUACUUGCGUGUAGUACUGAUUGAGCAUGUCUGUCGAAAAUGCAGACCCACUGCUGUUCUUCGACUUGUUCUGCGCUUGUCGGACUGACUCCUCGUGUUUCUUUCGCACCCACAUGUUGAUCAGGAUUCCGACGACGCAGAGGCCGAUGGAGACUGAGAGCACGAAGACAGCUCCUUCAAUGAGCAGUGUUGAAUCGCUCUUGGGCCCUCCUCCGAACACGCAUCCACCGUAGGAGGGAGCAUUUGGUAUGCACUUGGUGAAAAUUCCAAAGACGCUAGAGCCAGUGUCAAAGAUGACAGUGAAGUUCUGUCGCGGUGUUCCGACAGAGAUAUUCAUGAAGUAUUGAGUUUCCAGCUGGUUGUAGACAGGGAUCUCAUCACUAGCGAAAGAAACCGUGUAGCCCGGGGGUGCCUUGCUAAUGUUCACUUGCCUCUUCUCGAACUGAAGCUUCUUGGCUUUGCCAUAGAAGUCGAGAGGCUGGUAGUUAGGCUUCUGCUUGCCGAUUCCGAUCACGACACUGUGAGGGAAAUGUUGCAGAUCGAACAUGACAAGGAAGCGUCGAAAAAACACGUCACCCACAAGAAGCCCAGGAAAGCCUGGAGGAGCUGGCUGGACACACGAUUGGUUCGAGUCAUCAAGGAACCAAGAAUCGUAGGGAAUCACAAACUCUCGCCCAGCAAUGUUGAGAGUGAAAUCCUUUUUGAGCUUAGGAUGUGUUGUGUCCUCGACAAUGCUCUUCCAGGUAGAAUAAGGCUUGUUGUCGAUGAGACCGUUCAAGUCGCUGUCGGGCAUCACCAGGCAGGAGGUACCACUGUCCAUGAUGGCAGGGACGUAGCGAAGCCUCGGAUCUGUCGGCUUGAACUGAAGCAGUUCGGUGUC